AUGGGUCUCAUAGUUCUGGCAACUGCAUUGUCACCACGGCUAUGUGACAUCACAGUUCAUAACAAUGAUUAUACAAGAGUGCCAAGGCAGGAAAGUACAGACUUGGAGUGGCUGUUAAGACUUCGUUGCCCAAGAACUCAAAUGGAACAGUUGAUGCCAGAUCUGAAGCAAUCUUUUCCAGGAACUACUACUAAAUUUCUGAGUAAAUCACAGAGCAAAGUUUGCGGAAGAAGUCAAUCUGAAAAGACAAAAAUUUCAGAGAGUUGGCUAACACAGAAGCAUCUGUCCAUUGCACAGGCUUUAGUUAAUGAAAGCCAAGAUGUUAUUGGUCCCAUUCAGUUGCUGCUGGAAAGAGAAAGCUGCUUUAUAAGGGAAGUAGACAGGUAUUUGAAGCACAAUGAUUUCUUAGCUCUAAGGAGAAGGGAAAUGCUGUACAAGAAAUGGUUUGAAAGUGUUUCAAGACCUCUGCUUCAGAAAAUUCAGGACAAAGUUGACAACCAGUCAAGCAAAGAAAUAGAAGAGAGGAAGCGAAAACAGCUCUCCCUUUAUCUAAACUAUUGUAAUGAGAAGGGAGGUGCAUUUUUAGAAAGUUAUAGUCCAUCAUCUUAUGAUCCUUUCUUCCUGAAGACUACUCCAGACUUGUGGAAGGCAUCAGUUCCUCCUUUACAUGAUCCCUUGUUAAAGGAAAUAGAAGGAAGAUACAUUGAAGCCAGCAUUAUGCAGCAGUGUGAAACAGGAAAAGUAUAUUCCUCUAAAGAUAUUCAUGAACUACACAAGACUGAGUUACCACCACUUCCUUUGGGUCGGCAGCUUAUAAAUCCCACAGAGUGGCUGAAAAUCCCAUUCCAGUAUAUGGAAAGUGAUGUCCGUAAAAAAUGCAGGCAAAAAAUGAGCACAACUAGAAACCAGAGUUCUAUGGAAUUCAACAGCUGGGGUGACUCGGCCUGGCCUCCACUGGAGAAGAGAUUCCCCUCUAUCAGGAAAUCAGAGUUCACUCAAAUGGCCAGUCUUUGGUCAAAACAAAUAUUUACUGGCACACCAGUUCGGAAACCCAAAAUAAAAUUUGCUUCCUAUUGAUCUUUCUUUGAAACUGAUUCCUUGUAAAGGGAUAAUGCCAAAAUUUGGUGUAUAAAAGGGUGAUCCAAUUACUUAGAAGGAAUGAUUAGAAGCUUUUUCCGCAUCAGGGACUACUGAGAAGAGUAAAACACAGGCUACAGGGAUUUUAUGCUUAAACGCUUAAAAUUGUGACUGCAUAUGACUGCUUUCAAAAGUAUUGCUAAACAGCUACUUCAUAUUUUCUUAUAGGGGGAAAAUCACAGAACUUGCUACAUAAGUACACUUUAUUUCAGAAGCGUAAGUGGAAUACGGGUAGACAGUGCUUCAGAUACAGAGAUAAAAAGAUGUUUUGGGGCACACAGGAAUAUGCUCUUAAAAGCAGCUGUGGUUUUUUUUGUGCAAGUGUGUGUGCUUGCUUUAGCUGCUGGGAAAAAUGCAUUUGGCUUAAGAAGUUGCAAUCAGAUGCUAGGUGAGUGCCUUCCAUGCUCCAAAGCAUCUUUUGGUCUUUAGAUCCAAGGCUCUGCUGACCUGAGUUGAAUUGUUCCAAAAGACUGAACAACAGACUUUCAUAAAUUUAGCAGGAAUAUGGCUUUUCCUGUUUCCAUAAGAUAUUUUCCUAUUCAGUUACAAAGCAAAUUUAACAGCCUGUCCAUAAAACAGCUAAAAAAUAUUCAGUUACUUCAUUUCUAAAGGCUCAUUGAGAGAUUAGUGAUUCUGCUCCUGGUGCAAUAUAGACUUUUUACAUAUUUAAAAUAAGGAAUCUUCUUUGAUAGAGUUAAGAGUUAAUUCAAGAGUUUAUCUUUUAAAGCUCAGAGCUGGCAUUUUCUUUCAUAAAAUCCUGCUCUAUCACAUAAAUGUUUUUUUUAAUCCAUUUAACUUACUGUCUUUUAACUUCAUUUGAUUCAGUUUUACGGUAUUGUCUUUUUGGUAUAAGUACUGAAGUUGUAAAACCUAAAUAAUGUGCAGGAACAAGGAUAGAAUUAGUGUUGCAGCUUACAGGAAAAUACAUAUUUUUUCAAAUAAAAGCAUUACUUUUCCAUGUUUCAAUUUUGGAGACUAAAGUGGAAGUAAUUUCAAGCCAGUUGCCUAAUCCUACAUUGCUUCAUGGUUGUGAACUAUUAAAAUAUACCUGAUUAUAAAAAGUAUAGUCUUCUGCUAAACAUAAUCUUUUAAGGUAAAGUGAAAAGUCUCAUUGCAUAGUAGUAUGAUUGAGGCCCAAUUAUUCAAUAACAAAUAAAGUAAUGUGCACUUUUGUUGUUCAGGAUACACAUACAUCCACCGUGCACAUUUGAAAAAAAGUAGAAAAGAACCAGAAAUGUAUUGAUGAAUAAGAGUGGUUGUAUACUGUUAGCAGACAAAUUAUUUCUCCUGAUGUGUUCUGGGAAGGAAUGGAUGUUAGGGACAAUUGAAUGGGAAUUUCUGCUUGGAAGAUCUUUUUAAUAUUGAAAAUUUCUUUUUUUCUGUUGGCCUGAAACAUAUCAGUUGCAAAUAAAAAAGGAACCAAAAAUUCAAAUGGUCUAAAAUUGUGAGAAAAUUAGCUUUGUAGCACUCUAAAGAUCUGUUUUGCUUUCUCUGUACCCAAGAAAUAUGCUUGUGUGUAUGAAUACAUGAAUUUCAAGAUAAAUUGUUAUCUCCUGACAGAACCACCAGAAUUAUUUCUUUUCAAAUGUUUUUAAUUGUUUUAAAUGUAAUUGUUUUCUUAUGGCAUAAACUUUGACUUUUUUCCUCUUCUUCAAUAUAUGGGAGUUUCUAAACUGCAAUUUGGCUUAUGUAAACUUCAAUAGUGCUUGUUUCUUUUCCACUUGCCCAGAAAUGACUGUAUCAUACAGACAAUGUGUUUAACUUCAGUUAAUUGAAUAUAUACUUUUGGGAACAUAGGUUUUUAUUUCAUAUUAAUAAAAAUGCAUUUCAGAAAACUGUUUCUCAGGUUUGCAAUUCACUUAGCUAUAUGGAAAGGCAGCACUUAAGGCAUACAACUUCACUCAUUGUUUUAAAUUAAAAGUAAUACAUACAUCCGAGAUGCAUAUUCAAAAUACACAGCUUUUGCUCAACCCUUACAUUCUAUAAAGAGGAAUCCUUCCCAAUAAAGAGCAUGGUUCAAUUGCAGCACAUUUU